GCCCGCCUUCUCCCUCUCCCAGUCAGUGAAGCAGUCAGUGUGUCGGUCGGUGAUCAGCACUGUCCAGUGACUAUUCUUCCUUAUUCUGUGACAGGCCGCCAAUCCCCGGUUCCUCUCGCCACUAUGCCGGAUCGCAGGCCUUUUGAACGACUUCCUGCUGACGUACGGCCAAUCAACUAUGGACUGUGCCUGAAGCCAGACCUCAUAGACUUCACCUUUGAAGGGAAGCUAGAGGCCGACGUGGAGGUGACACAUGCCACCAACCAGAUUGUGAUGAACUGCGCAGACAUUGACAUCAUCACUGCAUCUUAUGCCCCAGAAGGUGAUGAAGAAAUUCAUGCUACAGGAUUUAAUUAUCAGAAUGAAGAUGAGAAGGUGACUCUGUCCUUCCCCAGCACCCUGCAGAAAGGCACAGGGAUGCUAAAGAUUGAUUUUGUUGGUGAGCUGAAUGAUAAAAUGAAAGGAUUCUACCGCAGUAAAUACGCCACAACCUCAGGAGAGAUUCGCUAUGCUGCUGUCACUCAGUUUGAGGCCACAGAUGCACGCAGAGCGUUUCCCUGUUGGGAUGAGCCUGCCAUUAAAGCCACCUUUGAUGUCAUUCUCAUCGUCCCUAAGGACAGAGUUGCUUUGUCAAACAUGAAUCUUAUUGAGAGGAAGCCAUAUCCUGAAGAUGCAAACUUGGUUGAAGUGAAGUUUGCUCGCACACCUAUCAUGUCCACCUACCUUGUGGCCUUUGUGGUAGGAGAGUAUGAUUUUGUGGAGACCAGGUCAACUGAUGGCGUGCUUGUCCGUGUUUACACUCCAGUUGGAAAAGCCGAGCAGGGGAAGUUUGCCUUGGAGGUUGCUGCUAAAACUUUGCCUUUCUACAAGGAUUACUUCAAUGUGCCCUACCCCCUCCCCAAGAUUGACCUCAUUGCCAUUGCAGACUUUGCAGCUGGAGCUAUGGAGAACUGGGGCCUGGUCACUUACAGAGAGACUGCUCUGCUUAUUGAUCCAAAGAACUCUUGUUCUUCCUCUCGCCAGUGGGUAGCGCUGGUGGUUGGGCAUGAGUUGGCACACCAGUGGUUUGGAAACCUGGUCACCAUGGAAUGGUGGACACACCUAUGGCUCAAUGAAGGUUUUGCUUCCUGGAUAGAAUAUCUUUGUGUGGAUCACUGCUUCCCAGAAUAUGAUAUCUGGACACAGUUUGUGUCUGCUGACUACACUCGAGCUCAGGAGCUGGAUGCCUUGGAAAAUAGUCACCCUAUUGAGGUUAGUGUAGGACAUCCUUCAGAGGUUGAUGAGAUCUUUGAUGCUAUAUCUUACAGCAAGGGUGCAUCUGUGAUCCGUAUGCUGCAUGAUUAUAUUGGAGAUGAGGAUUUCCGUAAAGGCAUGAACCAAUACCUCACAAAAUUUCAAGAGAAGAAUGCAGCCACAGAGGAUUUGUGGGAAUAUCUAGAGCAGGCUAGUGGGAAACCAAUUGCUGCAGUAAUGAGCACCUGGACACAGCAGAUGGGCUUCCCCCUCAUUUAUGUUGAGUCUGAGCAGAUGGAAGAUUCUCGAGUGCUUAAGCUGACUCAAAAGAAGUUUUGUGCCAGCGGCCCACAUACUGGAGACCAUUGUCCGCAGUGGAUGGUACCUAUAAGUAUCUGCACAAGUGAAGCACCAGCCUCUGCCAAACUGAAGGUUCUUUUAGAUAAAGAGGAAAUGACUGUGGUUCUGGAAGGAGUCGAGCCAGAUCAGUGGGUAAAAUUAAACCCUGGUACUGUAGGAUUUUAUCGAACCCAGUACAGUCCAUCCAUGUUGGAAAAUUUGUUACCUGGAAUCAGAGACCUUUCCCUUCAGCCUGUUGACAGGCUGGGCCUACAGAAUGAUCUGUUUUCUCUGGCCCGUGCAGGGAUGAUCAGCACGGUGGAAGUCUUGAAAGUCAUGGAGGCCUUUAUAAAUGAGCCUAAUUAUACAGUGUGGAGUGACCUGAGCUGUAAUCUAGGCAUUUUGUCAACACUGCUGUCCCACACAGAAUUCCAUGAGGAGAUCCAAGGCUUUAUCAGAGAUGUCUUCACACCUAUAGGGCAGCGUCUGGGAUGGGACCCAAAACCUGGAGAAGGUCACCUGGAUGCUUUGUUGAGGGGGUUGGUUUUAGGAAAGCUGGGGAAGGCUGGACACAAACCCACUUUGGAGGAAGCCAGAAAACGUUUCAAGGAUCACGUGGAGGGAAAGAACAUUUUAAGUGCAGAUUUACGCAGCCCGGUGUAUGUGACAGUUUUGAAGCAUGGAGACAAUACAACUUUGGACACUAUGCUAAAGCUCCACAAACAGGCAGAUAUGCAAGAGGAGAGGAACCGGAUUGAACGAGUACUAGGCGCUAUCUCAAGUCAAGAAUUGAUACAGAAAGUGCUGAGCUUCUCACUUUCGGAUGAAGUGCGUCCACAAGACACCGUUUCUGUCAUCGGAGGAGUAGCUGGGGGCAGCAAGUUAGGCAGGAAAUGUGCCUGGGUCUUUGUAAAGGACAACUGGGAAGAAUUGUACAAUCGCUACCAAGGUGGAUUUCUUAUCUCUCGACUCAUAAAGCUUUCACUGGAUGGAUUUGCAAGUGAAAAAAUGGCCACAGAGAUAAAGGCAUUUUUUGACGCCCACCCUGCUCCCUCAGCUGAGCGCACAGUGCAGCAGUGCUGUGAAAAUAUUCUUUUGAAUGCAGCUUGGCUAAAACGUGAUGCUGAUGCAAUGCACCAGUAUCUACUGAAACGCAAGACAUCCCCAUCAGUGUGAGCGUGUGGUCACCUCCUUAUGCCUGCUGUCUCACUGCCCCAACAGGCUCGACCCCAGGACCUCAACCGGAGGCUCUGCACCUGCCCUCCCUAAACCCUAAACUCUCCCUUCAUCCCCCAGGGAGUGGGAACUAAAAGUGGGCACACUUGCCCAGUCCCCAUUCAACUCCUUAGGGAUUUUAAUCAAUUAUUCACUGUACAUACAAUAGAGAUGACGUACAGCUGCUAACUGUGAAACUUCCAGGUAGUCCUCAUGUGAGGGAAUCCCUCCUGAGAAGCCUAUGAGAGGAACAGUGCAUUAGCUCCUAUAAGGUAGAGGUGCUAAGUACUAGUGCAGACGGUUAUUUGCAGACAAGAGGGCUCGGCCCUAAUAGAUUUAACAAAGUUUGUACUUUACCCAUGACAAUGUGCAAGCAAAUGGGUGGGUUCAGCUGGUCUUUUUAAAGGGGCAUCCACCCCUUACCCACUACCCUGUUUAGUCCACAUCUCUUUCUUGUCUAUUCUCCUUAUUAGAAAACUGUAACCCUUUGCUGCCUGUUAUUUGCUCUGAAAUUUAAGACCUUGUUCUGCAAGGAAAAUUUGAGCCUCGGAUUAAUCUGAGUUUGCACAUGUGUAUACUCUGUUCUCCAAUCCUAAUGUUCUGUAACUUUAAGUGGCUUGAACCAAGAUUCCCUUCAGAAUUGAAAGUCUUGCAACAGAGAGAUAUCUAAUAAUGAAGGGGGUUGCCUACACUAAAUGUCUUUUAUCUGUGCUGGAGACUAGCAAGAUGCAUACUAUUCUGCUACCCUCAUGUCUGCUGCCUUUUUGCCCCAAGUUGUUAUUAAUUUCUGCGUUAGCCAGGUUCCGGGUUUAGUGCAGUCUAGCAGAAUAGUGGCAGGGCCUUGGUUCUCAGACUUGCUUCCCUAAGUCCUCUUUUGUGCUAUUGUUUUAAAAGAUAAAAAAAAAUGGAAAAAUGACGUUAAUAAAAACAAAUAAAAUAUGAAUGUCUAACAGUA